AUGAAGUCUCAUUUGGCCGUCGAGGCCCCGUCAUCUACGACCGUCUCCUACGUGGUGGCCAGCAAGAAGCGGCCAACCUCGAAGACUCUGAUCUUGAUUGGUUACUGUCUCAGAGUCAGCCUUGCGUUCCAUGUGUUGCUAGCCAAUCUUUGCAAACUCCAGGAGGAUGGGAUGCUGGAACACGGACAAGGCUAUGCGGAAUUGCUCUUCCGCCUUACAUUUAUCGAUUCAUUCGUUGAAUACCUGGCAUCACGGGCAGAAUGGUGGCAGCUAGGCAUUACAUCAGCAAUCCUGCUCUGGGCCUGCUUGCGAAGGCCCUACGUUGAAGAGUCUCUUCUCGUCCUCCAGGGCCUGGGGAUCCAGACUUCAACCAGCUCUUCCUACUACUUUGUGAGCCCUACAACAACAUUCAUUUCGACCACUCGCAUCCAGGACAUCGUCAUCCAUGAAGCCUUCAAGGGACUUGAGGUCAAGUUCUACCUUGCUGUGAUUGUCGAAGGUGCCACGGAGGUGGUAGUCGUCUUCCCGAGCCUUCUGCCUCGCCUGGAUGUACUGCAGGAGGUAUGGCGCGGCACUCGGAGGUGUCUGUACGCAAAUACGCCCAAGGCCGGGUAA